AUGGUGGAAUUGCUCCGAGACACUUUAGAUGUUAGUGUCAAGGAAGGUAUCCGCUUUGCAGAGCUUUUGAUGACUAAUGAUGGUCUGAAGGAAUUUUCCGAGUUUAAAAAGGAAAUUAAAAGUAAAUCAGAAACAUCUAUGUGUUCUAAGCAUUUUUGCAGCCAUGUUCUUAACGUAUCAUGCAAAACAUGCAUGGGGAAUAAGUCAGGUAGCUUUUGUAUCGAGUGUUUCAUGAAAGGAAACCAUGAAGGUCACGAAUACGUGAUAUCUCAAAAUGUACUGCCCAUGUGCCUUUGCGGACACAAAGAACUUGUUGAUUCCAAAUGUUUCUGUCACAAUCACAAAGGAAUUUCCGAAAAUUCAACAACAAAAAUUUUUACAGAAGCACAGAUUAAACUAUUUAGUCAGAUAUUUGAUAUUAUGGUCCAAUUCCUAGUCAAUGUGUAUCCAAUAGAAUUAGCAUACGAAGUUAUUAAAUGGUUAACUUCAUUGGCCAAUUUAGGUGACUCCUUUUUGCCAUUAAUAGCGGAAUCCUUUACGAAAAAUAAUUCAGAAAAUCUAAUAAAGAUAGCAGAAUCACUAUCUCAUUCUCCAAGUAACUCAUCCAACUCAAUUUUAGGUUUAUUCAUAGUUUUAACAAGUAAUACCAAGUUCUUGCGGGAGCUAGGAGAAAAAUCAAUACCUCUAGUAUCGAAAUUUCUUGAAUUUACAGCAGAAAACAAUAAAAUUAUCAAAUCUCUAUUUGACGUCGUAGCUUUAUCAUACAUUGACCCAGAAUUCUCUCUGUACAUGAUUAAAGAGCAGAAUUUGAUUCCAAAACUCAUCGAACAAAUAAUUCCAUUUUCCAAAAUAUCCCAAGACAAAAUGAUAGAUAUCUACUGCAUUCCUUUAUUCUCAAUAAUUAUACAAAGUACUUCAUCCCUGGAAUGCGCCAAAUACUGGGCAAUUGAAAAUUUAGAUUCAAGAAUGGUUUUUAUCAAGCUUCUAGAGACAUUUCAGUUUGCCUGUGCCAUUGUACGCAAGACUGGCGAUAAGGAGGCCUACAAUAACUCGUCAGUUCAGCUACAACAGAUCUCAUUGACGAAUAUCUGGAAAUCGAUCAAAAAUUUCGUACACGGAUUCACUUCACUGACCACUCCUGACCCGGCCAUUCUAUACGAUAUCGUACGUCCAGCCGUAAAAACUUUUUUGGACUGGUAUGAGAGCAGAAACAUCGUAAAAGUCGAAUCUUCUGUGUUCGGGAUCACUUUCCCAGGUCUCAAUGCCCUUACUGUUGAAUUUUCUUAUUCAUUGCCAUUGAAUCUUUUCUUACAUAUUUUGAUUUUCUCGUUAUACAACUUUUACAAGCUUGAUCCUAAUAUAUUCAUCCGGGAGAUUGGUCUACAGUCUCUCCUGCCACUCUGUGUCCAUCCAAUUGAAACUGUUGCCGCUAUUGGAUUAGCUCAAGCAAAUGCUUACGUCAGAAAUGCCGAAAACGUUCCCAAAGUGGCCAAUGAAAUCAACUUAUCCAAACAGCCACCAGCAACUUUGAUUUCUUUCUAUUCUUUAUUCCAAUAUUUAAUAUCAACAGAAAAUGAUGCAACAGAGUUCAUAGCAACUGUUGUUCAUAGCUUUGGAUUAUCAAAUUGGCUGGCGACAACUCAAAUUAACCAAAGCAUCGAGUUACAAGACCAAUUAAUUUUAUUAUUCAGAUUUUUCAUUCAUUUACUCUCAGAAACUAUCCAGAAACUCUUUGAAACGGAGAAGAUGACAAGGCAGCGCAUGUCAGUCAUCCAUUUCUUGUAUUUGCAUACUUCUACAGCGAAAGAAAUCAAAUCUCAAAUUGCCGUGUUCGGAAUGACGGCCAAAGAGUGGAAUGCGUUACUCGAUGAGAUCGCAAUCACCGUAAAGAACGAAAAAUCUACAUUGUAUAAGCUAAAACCAGAAUUUAAGUCCCAGCGCACUCCAUUCUUCCCAUUUUACCUUACUACGCAGUUCUACUCCGCCCUUGCACAAGAACUCGAAGGAAACCAGACCAAAUUAGUCUCAACUCCUGAUGUUGAGCACUUAAUUUUCCCAAAUCUUCCGAAAUUCGUCAGCCAAAAGGGAUUUAUUCUCUUCAUGGACACUAUCGCGAGAAACAUAGCUGCAAUGGAUGAGAUUAACUCCACAAUGUUCCAGUGUUUCUUGGCUUUAGUUCACAUGGGAAUUAAAUGUUCGGUUUACGAUAAAAGUGACAACUUCCCCAAUUCACUUAUUGAGAAAGAUGAUUCCUGUUUACGUAUAUUAGUUAAUCAGAAGAUUAUGUCGCAGAAAACGCUCGGAAAACCACUUCUCGAGCUAUUUGACAUAAUUCAGACCGAAUUUCCACAUUUGAAAGAGAAAAUCCAUGAGAUAACGAGUCCGUUUGAGAACGCAGAUGAGAGUAAUAAGACAAAGAUCAACAGAAAGGCCAUUAUCAGCCAAUUUAUGAGCAGAUUAGAAGAAUUCGAGCAAUUCAACAUAGAAUCUCUCAGCGAAACGAGUGAUGAUGAAGAGAAGGAAGAGAAAGAACUCGUCUGUGCCUUCUGUAAGAAAGAAUUAACUCCUGGAAAAGAUAUAUACGGAAUUCUUGCAAGAAUUGAUCCAAGUUAUGGUGAUGAUGUCAAUGAAAUGAAUGAUAUUACUGUUCCUUUGUUCUCUUUUUGUCCUCAUUACGUUCAUUUGACUUGUUUCAAUGAAUCUCGACCAGAAGGCCGCCUUUGGACUCAAUGUCCUCUCUGCAGACAGCAGAGCUCCGUUCUCUUGCCUGUGCUCGGCAUUUCGGAAGAAGCAGAUAAAGCGGAAUUUCCUGUCCUCGAAUUAUUUUUAAGAACCGCAGGACACAAAUGCCAUCCUGCCUCUCUUUUGUCAAGUUACUUCAGAAAGAAGGAGAUAACAGACAGAAUCAGCAAGAAAAGGCAUUAUUCUCAAGCCGAAAUCAGCGCUGAGAAAUCUAUCUGUUUAAUCGCAAGAGGACCGCCAGGAGAUCACCCGUUACCAAGGAAAUCGCAGACCCCGCAGAUCGAACAGUUCAUAAAACUCGAAAAUAAAACAGAAGAAGAAUUUUGGAAUAAUAUUAAGACGAUUUUCGGAGAAAACCCUCCAAGAACAUUCGUAAGGAGAUGCGCAAUGAUGAUCAAUGCAUUAAAUGACAAAGAAUUGAUUCCGAUCCCUGAAAUUCAAAAAAUACCAAACGAAAAUGAAGAAAAAACUGAACAAGAACCAUCAGAAAAGACAGAAAAACCUCAGAAUGCUAUGGUUAUCCAUGGAUUGACCCUUUCUGAUCGAUUUGAACCGAAAAUUUUCUUGGAUAAUGCAUAUCCACGAUUUUCCCAAUAUUUCUUUGCAGAAAACGAUUUCCAGUCGAGGUUUAUGUGGCUCAGGAGCAUGGAUAUCGCUAGAUGCCUCUGCUGCGGCGAAUUCUUCAGUAUAUCUCAGAAAAAUAACAGUUUGAGGUACCCAUAUUUCUUCGAGAGCAAGACAGGAGAAGCGAGAAGCCACAGAUGCAAACACGGGCUCCCAAUUUUCUUGGUUUUGACAGGAAAAAGUGCCAGUGCUGUAAUUUAUUACUCCCACCGGACACUUAUGAUCGAAUGGGGCUCGAUUUACUUGACUGAGAGGGGCGACCAAGACAUCGGACUCAGUUUGAUGGACGAUUUGUACUUGAACCAGAAUUUGCUCACGAAACUGAAGAUGGAGAUGUAUGAUGGAACUAUUUACAGAAACGCAAAGAGAGACGCUGACCAUGUCGAUUUGGAUUUCGAUUUCAACUUAUUAUUCUGA